CUCCACCCCAUCCACUUCCCUGACCUCCAACUCCCUGAGAUCUCCUGACCAGGGUGCCAAACACAGGGGAGCACAAACUGCAAGAUAUGGCAGCCCUGUCACCUGGUGUUUAGGGCUUUGCUGUUUACCCAGCCUCCUGGCCUGCUUUCUAGCCCUCAUCUUCACAUGUGCCCUGGGCUCAGACCUCUCGCCAGCUCCUCCUGUCCCUACCUCCACCUGCACAUCCUGCCUUUCUCCAAGGCCUUGUCUCUUGCCCUGACUCCACAGCUUACUCAGUUCCAUUUCUGACGACUGCCCUAGUACCUGCGUGACUUCUGAGGACAAGGUGCCAGUGUUCAGUAUCCCCCCAGCAUCUAGCAUGGUACUCACAGCAGGAGCUGUAAGUAUUUGUGCUGUUAAAUGAGCUUGACUAGGUGUCCCAGAAUCACUUCAUGACUUUGAGCCUCAGUUUCCUCAUCUGUAAAAUGGAUUUAAUGCAAGGGGGCCUCCUGACCUAGCAGCCAAGACUGCCCCAGACCUCCUGCCAUGUACCCCAACCCUCUCAUCUACUGCACCUGCUGGGACCCCUGGCACUUGGGACCACGGAAGCUAAUCAAGACUCCUCAGCCACCAAGAAAGACCUCCACAGGGAAACCCAAGCUAACUCUUCUUCCUCCAGCUUCAAGAAAACAAAAUUAUGUCCAAUCACCAACAAAACCUGUUGUCUCCCCAAAAGUGAAAACCCAUUUAGGAAAACAAGAGGAGAGCAAUAAUUUACCUUAUGAAGUGAUCAAUGUGUCACCUGGUUAUCGCCUCUUUCGGAAUAGGGAGCAGAUUUCCGUCACCUUGGGAGAUGAGAUGUUUGGUAGGAAAAAGCAUUCGAGAUCAGAGAUCAUGGACAAAAUCAAAAUUCCCAGGACUGAUAUCAUUACUGACCUAGAAGAGCAGAUCUCAGAGCUGACAACGAUAAUAGAGCAAAUGAACAGAGACCAUCAAUCUGCCAAAAAAUUGCUCUCCAAUGAAAUGGAUCUCCGCUGUGCUGAGCUGAAGCAGAACUUUGAAAACAAGAACAGGGAGCUCAAAGAGUCUCAUGCAGCAGAGCUCAGUGAGUUGGAGAGCAACUGCAAAGCAGCCUUAGAGGCAGAGAAGUUGGCUGCCCAGGAGAAACUAGAGGAGAUGGGAAAGGAAUACAAGUAUUUGAAGAAUAUGUUUCAUAUGUAUCAGGACAGCAUUUAUGAUGAAAUGGAAGAUAAGUGGUCCAGGAAGACAGCAGAAUGGGAGAAGUAUGAGAAGCUGGAAAGGGAAAAGAUCCUGCUACAGCAAAAAAAUAAGAUGACAAAAAAGUUUGAGUUAGAGUCAGAAGAAGAAAAGAAAAAAAUAAGUGAGUCUUACAGUGCUGUCUUUGAGAACUUCAAUCAAGAGAAGGAGGAGCUCUUGAAACAACAUGAAAAGGACAUCUUGCAAUUAGAGGAGCUUAAAAAGACCAAAGAGAUCAUAGAAGAAGAGUUGCAUGCACAAGCUAUUAUCCUAGAAUCACUUAACACAACCCUCUACCAAACCCAGAUGGAACUCCAGAGAGAGAAAGCUCUGGUGGGAAAUCUGGAGAAAACACACCAGACCAAGCUUGCUGAAUCUGAAGAGAAGUUUAAAUACACCAUACAGCUCCUGCGAGAAGAGAACAUGUGUCUGAGGCAAAAGAUAAUUGCUAAGAACGAAGAAAUUUAUGAAGAACGACCUGGAAGAUCAACCUGUGUUACUAUUUAUGAGGAUGUUUCUGAGAUUUUAGAAGACGGUAGCAACAAAAGACAAGAACUGUGGGCAGAAAAGUAGCUAUCAUCGAAGGUGGUAGGAACAUCAUCUCUGUAAGCCGAGAGAACCCCUGUAAGGUUUUCUUGAGAAAUGCGUAUGAUGAGUUUGGGUUUGGGGUUGCCUUGAUUCUCCUUUUGUCUUUUCACAAUUUGCUUUCUUCUGAGUGGUUAGGAAUGUUUGAAUUCUCAUCUUAAUCACAUAGAUUUUUCAUGACUCUUCAUUGAAAAGUGAUAUUCUCCGUACCUAGAGCUGAGCUUUCUCUGGGUGUACUGUUUUCUCUUCCACCUUUACAUAAUUCAUUAUGAAGACACUGGUCUGAAAAUGGUCUUCCUAUUAAAUGUUGACUAUA